UUGUCCGGCAGCCGGAGGAGAAAAGAAGAUCAAGUAGAGAACCUAAACCUAAGUUUAACGGAGGAAGAGACGGAGAAUGGUUAAUCUCUCCUAAAUAUCAAACCAAGUCGGAGAAACAAACCAGUCCUAGCUCUAAACCUAGUCCCCGCUCUGCUAUUGUAUCCCCCAAGAGAACAGGACGGAAAGGAAGAUCAGGGUCCGGCUCCAGGUCCCCUAGAUCAGCGCUGGGUAGAUCAACCAGGUCGAGACGGAGCAGUGGAUCUCCGAUAACUGCGGUGGGACGCUCUCCACGAGGAUCUGCUCACGAGAACGGAAAACUAAAUCACCCGGACGAAUCUGAAAGUGAAAGUGAGGAAGAAAACUUGAAAAGAGUCGAAUCUCCGCCGUUUUAUCCCUCCGCCGCUCACCACGUUCGAUUCUCACCCUCCGUCAAGAAUGGGUCUCCCUUUGGACGAAAAACUAGGAGUGGCCGCCGAGGGAUGAGUUCCUAUCUGCAGAGCCUGCCAUCUGAAGACGAGCAGAGCGAGUUCAAUCGUUUAUAUACUCGGGAUCUGAGGAAACGGCAGGCGAGGAAACUAAGUGAAGAAGGCGCUGAUGAGGAAGAACCCUACUCAAGAAGAAGGAAAGGACGGGUCAGCUUGGCGGAAACAUACGACGAAAAUACGGAAGAGGAUACUCCAGUCCGGAGCCGUAUGAAACCCAGAGCUAGAGCUAUUGCCUCCGAAGGUUCGGAGGAAGAAGAGGAGGAGGAGGAGGAGGAGGAAGAAGGAGCGGAGGCAGAACCAACUCCCCGGAGAAGUACUCGGAGAGUUAGUGAGUCUCAAAGUGAACCGGAAGCUCAUCCGGCUAAACCUAGAACUCGAGGACGGGUUAAGAAAGGAGAACCUGAGAGUGAAGAAAAUGAGCCCCUUGCCUCUAGGAAGAAAAGCCUCAGGGCUAAGAAGGAGAAGAUUGAGGAUAAUACCGAGGAUGAGGAUGAGGCCGAUCCAACCGUGACGGAGGCCGCUGUUCGGAAAGGACGACCACGUCGUAGGCCGGCGGAUGAUGCAGAUGCAGACACAGAGUCUGGAGCUGAGAAGGUUGACGAGGUUGAGACGGAGGACUCGGACGAGUUUGAGGAAGAGCAGGAGGAGGGGACCCGGAGAACAUCAAGACGAACCCGGGCUCCAGUUAAGAGGUUUAAUUACGGAGAUGCUCCGGUGGAACAAACCAGAGGGAGUUCUAAACUGAUGAACAUGGAUAAAUAUUGUUCUGAGGAUGAGUUCAAUGGCUGCGCUAGUCCUAAAAAGAAGAAAUAUAGUCUUCGACAGAAAAGAGCGAACACGACCAGAUAUCAGGAUGAAUUCCCAGCCAAUGAUGAUAAAAACUCAAAGGAUCAAGGUUUGAUCCGGAGAAGUGCAAUGGGACGAGAGAACGGUUUCAGCUCCAGGUCUAGAAACGACCGUAGCCGAGGACGAGGUGGACGAUCUAGACGACAGAGAACGGGAGAGUCCAGCAGCUCCGCGUCCUGUAGUAGCAGCAGUGAUGAGGAAGCCUUUGAUCGCCGUAAAACUAAACGAAUGCUGAUCGAACGAGAGAAGCUCCGACCCCUGAAUAUGACCAAGAAGGAUGUAACAAAAUCUGUAUUUAAGGAGAGAGCUAAGGUUGGUUCAUCCCUAGCUGACGUUCAACCCAUGGAGAUGGAUAUGGGCGUAACCUUUGAUAGUAUUGGUGGGAUGAAGGAGUAUGUGAACUCCUUGAAGGAGAUGGUUAUGUUUCCUCUUCUCUACCCUGAGCUGUUUAAUCAGUUUAAAAUAGUUCCUCCCCGCGGAGUGCUAUUCUACGGACCCCCUGGAACUGGGAAAACCUUGCUAGCUCGAGCUCUAGCCUGCGAGUGCUCUACGGAGAAUAGAAAGGUUGCGUUCUUCAUGAGAAAGGGAGCGGAUUGUUUAUCAAAGUGGAUCGGAGAAUCUGAGAGACAGUUGAGAUUACUCUUUGAUCAGGCGUAUCAGAUGCGUCCUUCGAUCAUAUUCUUUGACGAGAUCGAUGGUUUAGCUCCAGUUCGAUCCUCGAGACAAGAUCAGAUUCAUAGUAGUAUAGUCUCCACAUUGCUAGCUCUCAUGGACGGGUUGGAUAACCGAGGAGAUAUUAUUGUGAUCGGAGCAACCAAUAGGAUUGAAAACAUUGAUCCGGCCCUGAGGCGUCCUGGCCGGUUUGAUCGAGAGCUCCGGUUCUCCCUUCCUACCCGGAGCACUAGGAAAGAGAUACUCAAACUCCACACCAAGGAUUGGAAUCCACCAAUCAGUCCUCAACUCAUGAAUUUCCUGGCCUCCAAGACUCUGGGUUACUGCGGAGCUGACAUCAAGGGACUAUGUGCCGAAUCUGCGCUCAACGCUCUACGACGACGAUAUCCCCAGGUGUAUGAGUCCAGUCAGAAACUACAAAUAGAUUUGAACCAGAUUGUGGUUCUCCGGGAGGAUUUUGAUAAAGCUCUGAGAAAAAUAGUUCCGUCCACGCACAGGGUUGAGGAUAAAAUCCUUUCUCCUCUCCCUCGUCACAUGAAAACCCUACUCGAACCAACCUAUCUAAACAUUGUAGCAAACAUCAAGAGAAUAUUCCCCCACUCGGGUAUGGGGAAAGGAGCACUGAUUCCCCCGACUCUGACUCAUAGACCACGUCUUAUGAUUGUAGGGUCUGAAGGCCAAGGUCAGACUACGUAUAUUGGUCCUGCUCUGCUUCAUUUUAUGGAGAAGUUUCCCUGCCAGAAGUUAGAUAUCCCUGCUCUCUUCUCCAACUCUGCUCGAACCCCGGAGGAGGCAUGUAAUCAGAUUAUUCACUCUGCCAGACGAACCAUGCCUGGAAUACUUUAUAUACCGCAUCUUUGCCUUCUCUGGGAUACUAUCUCGGAGACGGUUCGUGCAACCCUGACAACCCUUCUCACAGAUAUUCCUCCCACAGCUCCUCUUCUUAUCCUGGCAGUCUCGAACCGACCCUACUCCACCCUGCCCCCGGAGCUGCAGGGUAUGUUCCUUCCCUACUACAGGGAGGUGUACAAGCUGGAGAACCCGGGAGAGAAUGAGCGAAGAGAAUAUUUCCGUCCUCUGAUUGUAUCUUGCUCCGCUCUGCCUCCUAAACCUGCUCCGAUACCGGAACCUGUUGAGUCUCUUCCUGUUCUAGCGGAACCAGAGUGCAGGAAACUAACAGCUAGAGAGGAGAAACGUCUGUUGAAGAAGGAAGAACACUUGCUGAGGGAACUGAGGAUAUUCCUCAGGGAUAUCUGGGCAAAGAUCAACAGAGAGUCAAAGUUCUUCAUGUUCAGAGUCCCCGUAAACACAGAUGAAGUGGACGACUACCUGCACUACGUGAGGAACCCGAUGGACUUUGAAAAGAUGCACAUCAAGCUUGACGACGGGGAUUAUAAAUGUGCUCAGGAUUUCUUGAAUGAUAUUGAUCUAAUCGCGAGUAAUGCGACAGCGUACAAUUGUGAUCUAGCAUACGAGACUAACAGAAUCAUUUGUCACAGAGCGCGUGCGCUUCAAGAUUUUGCCUACGCGUUGGUGAAGUCUGAGAUGGACACCGACUUCGAGGAUGAGUGCAAGGAGAUAGUUGAGAGGAGAACCAAGGUCACUUCCAAGCUCAAGAAGAUGGACAAGGAGAACCCAGAGCUGGUUCCUUCUCCCAGUAAAAUGCAGGAUAUGAUGGCUAUAGUAUCUACGCGAUGCGAGAUCUGUAAGAGUAGAGAAGAUGACAGCAAUAUGCUGCUCUGUGACGGCUGUGAUCAUGGUUAUCAUACAUACUGCACCAAACCAACCAUCACAGAGGUUCCAGAGGGAGACUGGUUCUGUGUUAAAUGUUUGGAUGCUGGGUUGGAUAAAACCCAUGACCUGGACCUGGAGACUGGAGAGACCCCUAGUGAAGGAGGGUCCGGAGGAGCCAGGAAGAAAAAACGUCGACGCAACAAGUGGGCGUCUGGUGUUGCUAGAUCCGGGAGGAAAAAGGUUGCCAAGAAGAAGAUUUUCGAGUCGGACGAAGAGAAGAAGGAGAAGGAAGAGAAAGAGGAGGAGGAGGAGGAGGAUGGAAAGGAUGAAGAGAAUGAUGAACCCAUGGAGGAGGAAGGGGUCGAGGAGGAAGGGGUCGAGGAGAAAGGAGAGAAGGAGAAGGGUUCAAAAAUUGAUCUGGAUUCAAGCUCAAUUAAUCUUGUGAAGAAACUGACUGUUGAUGUAAGCCCUGUAACCGGAGAAGAACUUGAACCUGUAGCUCUAGCACCGGUCCGAGAAGAGACUCCCAGCCAACCUACCGGAGUCAGGAUAGACGGAAACAAGCUGAUGGCUGUACACAACGAGGUGGUCAGGGUCACAGAAGGGUUUACUGUUGAGAAGCUUGAGAGAACCUAUGCUAUACUUGCCAAGGUGGUUCGAUUGUAUAAAACUCAGUUCGACCGAACGAAUCUACCGACUGACCUGCAAGCUGAACUGGACGGGAUUAAACAACAGGAUCGACUCUCCGAGCACACUAACAGGAUCAGGAGAUAAAUCCUUAAUCCUAAUCAAGUUUUGUACAAAAUGAAGAAAUUGCGCAUUUUUAUGUAAAUCAUCUGUCUGCUGGCUAUAUCAUCAUAAAGUGUGGGGUUUCUUUUUCUAAAAUCUUCAAAAAGCGGAAUUCAAUCGUUUAAUUUUAAAAUCUCAAAUCGGUUUCGCAAUUUUAGCUUUUAUUUAAUAUUUGGCAGCUUUUGUUAUUAAAUUAGUUAAGUAAGAAAAAAUCUUUAAAUCAUGAAAAUUAUCAUUCUGCUUCUACUGCCACUGUGGGUUUUUAAAUCUAUCGAAAAUUGUAGAAUAUUUGUUGAGCUGACAUGUUCUUUCGCUUUCACUGCCAAUAUAAUAUAUCAAGUAUUAUCAGUCGUUCAGCUUUAAAUUCUUAAUUUUAUGAAUUAAUAAUUGAAAAAAGUGACAAAAAAGACAUUUUUUACAGGGUGAGAACAUUUUAUCUGUGUGAUAAUAUUAAAAUAAAAUAGCGUUGAAAAUAAUCAAAAAUCCCCCCCUGUACACCUAUUUAGUUUUGAGUUUAUAUACUCCAUUUUAACCAGUAUCCAGUAUUCUGUAAUCUCUAUUCAUUUCAGA